AUGGACGCGGUGCUGCUAGAGCACUUCCCCGGGGGGCUGGACGCCUUCCCGUCUCCUUACUUUGACGAAGAGGACUUCUUCACCGACCAGUCCUCUCGGGACCCUCUGGAGGAUGGCGAUGAGCUGCUGGCUGACGAGCAGGCCGAGGUGGAGUUCCUCAGCCACCAGCUGCACGAGUACUGUUACCGCGACGGGGCGUGCCUGCUGCUGCAGCCCGCAACCUCGGCGGCCCCGCACGCGCUCGGAGACGGGGACGGAUGCGGGGAGGCCUUGGAGGGGCUGGGUGAACAGACUGACAAGCCGACCGACGGACGCACAGAUGGGUCCCCCUCCCCCAGCGACCCGGAUUAUGGCCUCCCCCCCCUUGCAGGACAUUCUCUCUCAUGGACUGAUGAAAAACAGCUCAAGGAACAGAAUGUUAUCCGAACAGCCAAAGUGUGGACCCCCGAGGACCCCAGGAAGCUCAACAGCAAAUCUUCCUUCAACAACAUAGAAAACGAACCGCCCUUUGAGUUUGUGUCCUGA